UUGUGCGCGCCGGCAGAGCGAAGUAUCUGCUCAGACUCGAGGUGAGGAAGCGGACCACCUGUGACAUCAGCUGAACGAGGCGCUCAACCAGAUCCACAUCGGCCGAAUAUCGAGGGAUGAGCAUUGACGGAUGCGGUGAUUAAAAAUAGAAAGAAGCAAGACAAGCAGUAUGGACAUGAACAGCUCUUGGGGGAUCGAUCACAUUCUCGACCUGGAUUUGCUACCUUGCGUUGCUGAUAUCACCAACAUGUUGGUGACUGUUCAUGCCUUCACCUGGCUGCAGACACUGCUCGUGAUGACUCUCCUGGCACUCAUUUCUUACUGCAUCUUCCUGCCCAUGAAUUAUGUCAGAGACUUGAGUGACGUGGGGUACGAUCAUCUGCUGGAAGACAGUGGCCUGGGUCUGGCCCGGCGCAAGGGAAGAAACAAGAGCGAACUGGUGAGGGAGGUACGAAGACUGAGGAAAGUCGGCAAACUGCCGCCUGUGUACCCCAACGGCUGGUUCUCGCUGCUCGACUCUACAGAUCUGGCUCCAGGGAACGUGAAACAUGUCGCGGCUCUAGGUGAGAACUUCGCAGUGUUCCGGACGCUUGCAGGCGUCGUGCACAUCCUGGAUGCUUACUGCCCGCAUCUGGGAGCCAAUAUGGCCGUAGGCGGUGCUGUUCGCGGGGACUGCCUCGAAUGUCCUUUCCACUUAUGGCGCUUCAAAGGCGAAGACGGGAUGUGCUCUGCCAUCCCUUACAGCGACAAAGUGCCAGACUUCGCUCGAGUAAAGAAAUGGCCAUCGUGUGAGGAGAAUAACAUCAUCUUUGUGUGGUACCACGCCGAGGAGGAAAAGCCCUCGUGGCGUCUGACCUCCAUUCCCCAGAUUCAGACUGGGCAGUGGCGGUAUGGGGGACGCAAUGAAUUCAUCGUCAACUCGCACAUCCAGGAUAUCCCAGAAAAUGCAGCAGAUGUGGCUCACCUGAAUGGUGUUCACUCUCCAUCCCUACUGGCGGGAAGUGACCUGCGAUAUACGAGGAGGCUACUGUACAGCUUUGCACGCCAUAUAUGGAGUGCCAAAUGGCAACCUAAUCCAGAUGUCCGUCAUCAGUCUACCAUGCACAUGCACCAUGAAUUUCGUCUCUUCAACAAGAUCCCGAUCAUUGUCUUGGAUGGUCACAUCAAACAAAUUGGUCCAGCCUAUGUCGAACUGUACCUGUCUACUUCAUUUGGAACACUGACAUUACUUCAGACUGUUACACCAGUUGAGCCCCUUCUACAGAGAGUGGUGCACCGUAUAUAUUGUCACCCUUUCCUCUCUCUCUUUGCCAGAUUCAUCCUGUAUGGAGAGUCUAUAAUGAUUGAACGUGACAUAAUGAUAUGGAAUCACAAGACUUACAUUGAGAAACCUCUUCUGGUAAAAGAAGAUCAGUCCAUUCGCAGACACCGCCACUGGUUCAGUCAAUUUUACUCAGAAAAUAGCCCCCAGUUCAGCUUCCAGCAAGAGAAUACAGACUGGUAACUGCUGUACUCAUUGAUUAUAGAUCUUGAACUGUGAAUGUCAACAACAUGAUACCCUAGAGAUAGCACCAUUAUUGGGUACUAGAGCUCUUCAUUUGGAGCAUUUGUGUAUAAUGAGUGUCACUGAUAUUUAGGUUUCAAAGCUGAUAAUAUUUCAACAUUUUGCUUCCUCAAGUUUCACAGAGUAACAGAAGAAAUUUAACCAAGUUAGUGGCUGUGACUGACUCCAUAUCUUCUAUUACAUAUGCAAAUAGAACCAAACUUUGCAUUUAGGAACCGCUCAAAUGUAACAAUUUGCAGGAAAGACUUUUUUUGCUUCUUAUUAAUUCCUCCAGCAAAAUUAAUACUGUCAAAUUAUCAGAUCUCAUCUGUGAGAUUUGCUGAGUUCAUAGUGAUGUCAUGCCAAUCUGACAGAGAGAGGCAGAGGAAGAGAGCUUGUUUUGUCUAAAGCAUUAAUGAUAUCAUUCAUUGUGAAAACAUUUUUACCUCACUGCACUUCCAUUCUGAAAGCUGUUCUGACAAUUCUUGUAAUACAGAACCAAUAAACGAGUAAAUUAUAUAAAAAAUGUAACAAAUGUAACUAAAUAAAUAUGUUACUUAAUUCAUAUCCUAUGCAA